AGGGGGGACACAGAGGGAGGAAGAAGCGGCGGCGGCGGCGGCGGCGGCGGCUCGUCUUUGCAGAGGGGGAAACUCUUUGGCUGAGAGCAGGAAUAAUGCGGUAGGCAAGGCGGGCUGCUGGCUCCCCCGGCUCCGGCAGCAGCGGCGGCAGCCCGAGCAGCGGCAGCAGCAGCGGCAGCACCCCAGGCGCUGACAGCCCCGCCGGCCGGCUCCCUUGCUGACCGCCGACUGUCAAUGGAGCUGGAAAACAUCGUGGCCAACACGGUCUUGCUGAAAGCCAGGGAAGGGGGCGGAGGAAAGCGCAAAGGGAAAAGCAAGAAGUGGAAGGAAAUCCUGAAGUUCCCUCACAUUAGCCAGUGUGAAGACCUCCGAAGGACCAUAGACAGAGAUUACUGCAGUUUAUGUGACAAGCAGCCAAUCGGGAGGCUGCUUUUCCGGCAGUUUUGUGAAACCAGGCCUGGGCUGGAGUGUUACAUUCAGUUCCUGGACUCCGUGGCAGAAUAUGAAGUUACUCCAGAUGAAAAACUGGGAGAGAAAGGGAAGGAAAUUAUGACCAAGUACCUCACCCCAAAGUCCCCUGUUUUCAUAGCCCAAGUUGGCCAAGACCUGGUCUCCCAGACGGAGGAGAAGCUCCUGCAGAAGCCCUGCAAAGAACUGUUUUCUGCCUGUGCACAGUCUGUCCACGAGUACCUGAGGGGAGAACCAUUCCACGAAUAUCUGGACAGCAUGUAUUUUGACCGCUUUCUCCAGUGGAAGUGGUUGGAAAGGCAACCGGUGACCAAAAACACUUUCAGGCAGUAUCGAGUGCUAGGAAAAGGGGGCUUCGGGGAGGUCUGUGCCUGCCAGGUUCGGGCCACGGGUAAAAUGUACGCCUGCAAGCGCUUGGAGAAGAAGAGGAUCAAAAAGAGGAAAGGGGAGUCCAUGGCCCUCAACGAGAAGCAGAUCCUCGAGAAGGUCAACAGUCAGUUUGUGGUCAACCUGGCCUAUGCCUAUGAGACCAAGGAUGCACUCUGCUUGGUCCUGACCAUCAUGAAUGGGGGUGACCUGAAGUUCCACAUCUACAACAUGGGCAACCCCGGCUUCGAGGAGGAGCGGGCCUUGUUUUACGCGGCAGAGAUCCUCUGCGGCUUAGAAGACCUCCACCGUGAGAACACUGUCUACCGAGAUCUGAAACCUGAAAACAUCCUGUUAGAUGAUUAUGGCCACAUUAGGAUCUCAGACCUGGGCUUGGCUGUGAAGAUCCCCGAGGGAGACCUGAUCCGCGGCCGGGUGGGCACCGUUGGCUACAUGGCUCCAGAGGUCCUGAACAACCAGAGGUACGGCCUGAGCCCCGACUACUGGGGCCUGGGCUGCCUCAUCUAUGAGAUGAUUGAGGGCCAGUCGCCAUUCCGCGGCCGCAAGGAGAAGGUGAAGCGGGAGGAGGUGGACCGCCGGGUCCUGGAGACGGAGGAGGUGUACUCCCACAAGUUCUCCGAGGAGGCCACGUCCAUCUGCAAGAUGCUGCUCACCAAAGAUGCAAAGCAGAGGCUGGGCUGCCAGGAGGAGGGGGCUGCAGAGGUCAAGAGACACCCCUUCUUCAGGAACAUGAACUUCAAGCGCUUAGAAGCCGGGAUGUUGGACCCUCCCUUCGUUCCAGACCCCCGCGCCGUGUACUGUAAGGACGUGCUGGACAUUGAGCAGUUCUCCACUGUGAAGGGCGUCAAUCUGGACCACACAGAUGACGACUUCUACUCCAAGUUCUCCACAGGCUCUGUGUCCAUCCCGUGGCAAAAUGAGAUGAUAGAAACAGAAUGCUUUAAGGAGCUGAACGUGUUUGGACCUAAUGGUACCCUCUCGCCAGAUCUGAACAGAAAUCACCCUCCGGAACCGCCAAAGAAAGGGCUGCUUCAGAGAAUCUUCAAGCGUCAGGUGAGACACCCAUGCCUGGCCAGUCCUGGCGUCAGCCCCAAGACCCCUGGCUCACUUCCAUGGGAAAUGAGAAGACCCUUGGGGGGCUUAGAAGUCUGGGGCAGUAGCAGCUUGGAAGGGCAACUGAUUAUGUCCAAGGCCUCUGAUACCCACUGCAGCUGAUGGGAUCCCCAGGGAGAAGGGCAGGGCCAGCCCAAAUUCACCCUCCCUCUGGGUUUCUCCGCCUUGACACUGUUGGUAUCUGGGGCCAGUUAAUUCCUUGUCACGGUGCUGUCCUGUGCAUCACAAGAUUUGGGGCAGCAAGUUUGGCCUCCACCCACCAGAUGCAGCAACACCCCAUCCCCCAGUCGUGAGAGCCCAUAAAGGAGCCAGACAUUGCUGAAUGUCCUUAGGGGCACGGUCACCCCUGGUUGAGAGCCACUGCCCUCUCUGGCCCUUAUGAAACCUCAGUCAUGUAAAGACUGAACAUCAUAAGCCCAGGGAGAACUGGGGGUAGAAGCUGACCCCGCAGAACCUUCCGGCUCCUGGGAUGGCCCCCAUCCAAUGCUGUGCCCUCUAGCUGGCAGCCAGAGGAGACAGGGCCCUUGGGAAAUGACAGUCAGAGCCUGGCCCUGGGUAAGGGUUGGUGUGGGCCAAUGGAGGAAAUGCCGGGGAACGGCCCCCACCUCACCCCGCACCAUGAAGGUGGCCAUCAUACACCCCGUCUUGGCCUGGCCCUUGAGGAAGCAGUGGCCCAGUGUGCCCAUCCUGGAGCCUGGGAGGCUCCCUCACCUAGUUCUGCCCCUUCCUCCUCCCCACAAAGAGCCAGCUCCAGGAUGGGCACACUCAGCCAGUGAUAAUAUAAAAAUAUAACGCUUCAAUGCUUCCAUCAAGUAAAACGGAAGUUCCAGAAAGAACGACCUCUCCCUCCCGUGAUGGCCAGGCAUGCUAAGAACACCCUGGGUCCUAGAGAAAGAAAUUACCAUGGAGUCUCACAGACCCGGCUUCAAACCCAGCCCUGACACUUCUUGGUUAUGUGGCAACUUACGGAACCUCUCCCACCUCAGUUUGCCUGCCUGAAACAUCAGGAUAGAAAUGCCCAUUGCCUAGAGCCAUGGGUGGCGGCCCUUAGCACUGUGCGGGCACCAGCACCUGUGAAGCAAACGCUUCUUGCCUCCCUCCUCCUCCCCUCUGCAACAUGAAGGGCCCAGCACCCACGGGAUGCAAAGGGAAGGCCUGAGCAAUGGGAACGACCACCCAUCUCUCCCAGGCCGGCCCUCGCUAGAGCCCUUUGCAUAUGAGGCCCCAUUGUAUCCUCCCAGCCACCCUGUGCGGAAGCUGCUCUUCUCCCGUGUUACAGGAGAGGAAACUGGGAGAUGGAAUUGCAUGCCCAAGGCCACUCUGUGAGGGAGGGGAAGACUGAGAAUUCCAGCCCAGGCAGUGUAACCCCAGGCCUGCAGGCUUAACCAAGGUGGAUAUUAUAGGAGGGGCCGCCUCCACCCUGAUUGGAGGUUCUGUUGAUUCCAUUGCUCUUCCCAGGUACCUGUGCCUCCAGGGGUGGCCCUUGUACCUGGCUCUGAGGGGAGACUGCAAAAGGCAAUAAAAAGCAAGGGUUGGAGCUGGCGGAGGCAGCCCCUGACCCAUCCCCAGGGCUCCCAGGACUGACUUCUGUUCUCUCCACCCCGUCUCCCCCAACCCCAACCCCAGCAUCAGAACAAUUCCAAGAGUUCGCCCAGCUCCAAGACCAGUUUUAACCACCACAUAAACUCAAACCAUGUCAGCUCGAACUCCACCGGAAGCAGCUAGUUUCGGCUCUGGCCUCAAAGUCCGCAGUGGAACCAGCCCAGACCCUUCUCCUUAGAAGCGGAAGUAGUGGAGCCCCUGCUCUGGUGGGGCUGCCAGGGGAGCCCCCUGGGAGCCGGGGAAGGAGGCCGUCCAUCCCGUUGACGUAGAACCUCGAGGUUUCUCAAAGAAAUUUCCACUCAGGUCUGUUUUCUGAGGCGGCCCCCGCCGGGGUGGAUUGGAUUUGUCUUUGGUGAACAUUGCAAUAGAAAUCCAAUUGGAUACGACAACUUGCACGUAUUUUAAUAGCGUCAUAACUAGAACUGAAUUUUGUCUUUAUGAUUUUUAAAGAAAAGUUUUGUAAAUUUCUCUACUGUCUCAGUUUACAUUUUGUAUAUUUGUAUUUAAAUGAAAGUGAGACUUUGAGGAUGUAUAUUUUCUGUGCAGCCACUGUUAAGCCAUGUGUUCCAAGGCAUUUUAGCGGGGAGGGGGUUACCAAAAAAAAAAAAUGUGACUCAAGACUUCCAGAGCCUCAGAUGAGAAAAUGUCUUUAUUAAAUGUAGAAAGUGAUCCACA